AAUGUUGGAAGCAUGGAAGCAAAGCAAAGGGCGAGAAUGGCGGCAACCCAUAACUCGAUCAUAAAUCCCCCAUCAACCCUCUCACUUUCUUUUCUCCAUUGAGAAACACCUGGCAUCGCCACCAAGAGAGAAGAUUCCACGUUUGCGUUUGUUACUUUUUAUUAUUUUACUGUUGCACACACCCACAACCCCCCUUCUUUAACUUCAACUUCAACACAAAGUAUCUUCCUUACUUCAAAAAAGUGAUCUUUUCCUAUUCGAGAGUUCAGAGCAAUGGGUGAAUUUGGCGUUUCGCUCAAGGAAACUAAAAAAAAUAGUGUUGCUGCUGCUACUAGUAAUAGUAAUGUUCUUGGGUUGGGUAGUGUGAGUAACAAGGUGCAGGUGCAGCAGCAGCAGCAUAAUAAUAUUAAUAUUAAUAAUAAUUAUCUUGAAGCAUUUCCUAGUAAGACGAGGAUGAUGAUGAUGAUGAUGAUGGUGCAUCAUAAUCAUCACCACCGUCCAUUUGACAGUGAUUCAUCUGCUUCUGCUCUCGAUGGUGAUGGUGAUGGUCCCACGCUUCAGCACCAUUUGUUAACUACUAAUCAUAAUCAUAGUAUAAACAACGCUGUAGCUGCUAAUAGUGGUGUUAAUACCGUUGUUGAUGAUGAUGAUGAUGAUGGUGCAGCAGCAUCUGUAGAAGAAACAAGACAACCUUUGCAGCAGCCUUUUCACUUUUCUCACUCUCCGUAUUAUUCUCCUUCUUCUGCUACUACAACUACAACUACAACCACAACCACUACUCGCCAUCCCUUCAAAUCGCCAGGAACAAGUGGUGGAAUGAUGGCGGCAUCUUUAGGGAGGUUCCCUUUCACAAGUGCUCAAUGGAGGGAACUUGAAAGACAAGCUAUGAUUUACAAGUACAUGAUGGCUUCUAUUCCUGUUCCUCCAGAGCUACUCCUUAUGCCUAUCGCUGCUGCUUCUCGCUCAUCUCCUUUGGAAGGAGGAGGAGGAGGAGGUGGUGGUUUCAAUCUGAGGCUUUCAAGCAGUAACAAUAAUGAUGCAGAACCAAAUAGGUGCAGGAGAACAGAUGGUAAGAAAUGGAGAUGUUCAAGAGAGGUUGCUCCUAAUCACAAGUACUGUGAGCGUCAUAUGCAUAGAGGCCGUCCCCGUUCAAGAAAGCCUGUGGAACUUCACAACAACAACAAUAACAAUGGACACAAUCUACUUAAGAGGGCUCGCCAUGAUUCUCAUCCUUAUGCUGCCUCUAGUGCUGCUGUUACUGUCGCAUUCUCUAACCACUCUACAAGAAAAGAUCCUUCUUCACCUCAUUUUCUUGCUUCUGCUACCACCAAUCAUCAUUCAUACCUUGAAUCUGCUUCUUCCCUUUCUCUUCACAACUUCGGUGCUGGUUCUGUUCCAUCAAGUAGGGAGCCCAGGGGGUUGGAUUGGAUGCUGAAUGGAGAUCCUAUUUCGCUUGGAACAUCAGAUUCAGAAUGGAACACUCUGAUGAACAACAACAAAGUUGGAUUCAAUGCUAUGAGUUCCUGCAGCAACACUGAGCCUCAAUAUAUGAACUCAUUCCCAGUCUAUAGCCCUGGAUUGGAUCAGCAACACAAUAAGCGCUCUCCAACUUUCCUUAACCCUGUUCUGGUUCCUAUGGAAACUCUCCAAUCUGAUAAACCAAGGGUUUUCAUCGAUGCUUGGUCGAACGCGGCAACGGAUCAAGAAACUAAUGAUGCCGACAACAAGAACUCUGUUUCAUCAAUUGGGAAACUGUCCCUCUCUUCUCUUGAUUUAUCAAUGGGAGGUGGAUAUAUGCAUGAAGAAGUGGGGUUAGGCCUAAUGGAAGAGCCAGAGCCGGAAGAGAACAACACAAGCAAUGGCACUAAAUCUGGCUUCUCGAAUUGGCCCACACCACCACCUUGGGUAGCUUCAACCACCACACCUGGUGGUCCACUAGCUGAAGUUCUAAUGCCGAGUACAGUCACUUCCACCAAUGAUGGUGCCGCCGCCACUUCCAAUUCGAAUCUUUCGUCUCCGGCCACGACAAUGGUGUCAUCUCCAUCUGGGGUAUUGCACAAGACACUUGCUUCAUUGUCUGAUAGCAGUAGCAAUAGCAGCCCAAGGGUUCCAUCUUCAGGGGCAAAUUCUGAAAUUGCCUUGCUCAGGUUCAAUCAGAAGUAGUAAAAAAGUUAUUAGCUUCUUUUUCCUCUUUAGUUUUUAUAUUUUGUUGAAUUUGAUUAUCUUUCACUGUUUUGUGAUCUUGCUUUUGCCUUUGCUUUUGCAUAUUUAGCUAACUGUGUUUGUGAAUUAUAUAGCCUGUUAUUUUGUUUAGGGCUGUUUGUUAAUGUAAAAAAGUAAAACUGUGAUGAACGCAAACCUGUGUAUCCUGUUCUUAUGUGAAGAGACUAUUUUGCAGCUUUAAUAAAUUCCAAGUUGCUACAUUUCUCUUCCCCGUUAUGUACUAUAACUGAAAAUGAAUGUUCAUGGGGUGGUUUCGA